GGGCCGACAACAACAACAACAACCUGAGAUUAGGCAUCAGCCGAGCAAUCAGGAAGUCGCUUUAAGUCAAAGCGGCAUUAAAUACUGCCUAAAAGUAUUUUUGUGGCCUUCUGGUAUGCCGGACAUCUGUUCCUGAAAAAGGAGGAGGAUCAACUACGAAAACAACUUCAAUCCCUCUCCCCGUUCGCAGAUGAUAAGUUCAGCGAGAGGAGAUGGAAACGGGGAGCCCGAGCCCGGCUUAGCUGGAUUUGAAAGUGGAGCACCGAAGCGGCGCAAAGGACGGCGAUUGCGGAGACGAGGCGCGUUCGCUUUUGUCACAACGGACAAUGGAAGCAGAGCCGUUAGUAGGUGCGUAAGUUUCAGGGCCGCGUGUUGCCUCCUCGUUCCAACUAAGUGAUUUCCGCGUCCGGCCUGACGACGACGACGACGACCGCCAGAUGAACGAUCGGCUUCGAAGCCUCCGGGAAUUUCGUACGUGUGUCUGGGAGAUUUCCUUCCGUUAGCCUUCAGAUGUGCUGCGGCUUGGGCGACGUGACGUUUCCCAGAGCUCGCCGGAAUGUUCCAUCGACCGGCGGCACCUGGGCAGCGAGCGCGGCCGUCGCCGCUGAACCCUGAACUCUUUGUCGAAGCGGAUUCAGCCAAAAUGAGGACACAAUCAGUGUGGGGGUGUCGCAAUUCGGGAUUUAAAUGAACGCCAAGCUGUGCAAAAGCUGUGCAGGCUCGAACGGUCCGUCUAAGAACAACAUAAACCUCGACUGGUGACUUGACGUAAGCUGCCAAUAUUGUCAAAUGGGGGAGACGGCAGAAUAUCAGAGGCUGCAGGACGCUUCAGAGUCUGACUACCGCUGCGGAAGCAGUGAGGAUGAAGAGAAACUGUGCAAUAAUAUGCAGUGUGAGGAAGGCACAGAAUGGCUGCUGGAGCUGCUGGUGGACGUGCAGUUGCAGCAGUACUUCCUGCGAAUCAGAGAUGACCUCAAUGUCACGCGCCUCUCCCAUUUUGACUAUGUCAAGAAUGAAGACCUGGAGAAGAUUGGCAUGGGUCGACCAGGGCAGCGCCGACUGUUGGAGGCUGUAAAGAGGAGGAAAGCCAUGUGCAAGCGCAAGUCCUGGAUGAGCAAGGUGUUUAGCGGUAAGCGUCCAGACGGGCUGGACUUUCCCACGCAGGGCCAGCCCACUUCCUCCUUCCGCAAAGUGUCUCCCACACGUCCCCCGGGCUUGGCGGAGGGGGUCCCGGCCCCGCAGCCCGUCGGAGAGGUUCCUCUCCACGGCCAACAGCAGGCCCUGACUUGCCUCAUCGCACAGAAGGACCUGACUCUCUUCGAGAAGCUCGGGGACGGAUCUUUUGGCGUCGUGAAGAGAGGAGAGUGGCUGACUCCCGCGGGAAAGCCGAUGAAUGUAGCCGUGAAGUGCUUGAAGACGGAUGCGCUCAGCCAGCCCGACGCUCUGGAGGAUUUCAUCCGUGAGGUCAACGCCAUGCACUCGCUGGAUCACCAGAACCUCAUUCGCCUCUACGGUGUGGUGCUCACACACCCGAUGAAGAUGGUGACGGAGCUGGCUCCGCUGGGCUCCCUGCUGGAUCGGCUGCGCUGCGCGCGUGCCCAGGCGCCCGUGCCCAUCGUGGCUCUGUGCCAGUGGGCCGUGCAGGUGGCCUGCGGCAUGGCCUAUCUGGAGCAGAGGCGCUUCAUCCACCGGGAUCUGGCCGCCAGAAACAUCCUGUUGGCAUCCGCUCACACGGUGAAGAUUGGCGACUUUGGCCUGAUGAGGGCACUGCCGAACAAUCGCGAGCAUUACGUCACGCAGGAACACCGGAAGGUCCCGUUUGCGUGGUGCGCCCCUGAGAGUCUGAAGACCAGAACCUUCUCUCACGCGACGGACACGUGGAUGUUCGGGGUGACCCUGUGGGAGAUGUUCACGCACGGCCAGGAGCCGUGGUUGGGCCUCAACGGGAGCCAGAUCCUGCACAAGAUUGAUAACGAAAGUGAACGUCUCCCCAAGCCAGAGGAGUGCCCGCAGGAUAUUUACAAUGUCAUGUUGCAGUGCUGGGAAGCCAAAUGGGAUGACAGGCCGACUUUUCUUGCCCUACGGGAGUUCUUGCUGGAGAGCAUGCCGACGGACACGUGCGCCCUUCAGGACUUCGAUGAGCAAGAUAAGCUCCUGAUCCGGACCGAUGACGUCAUCACGAUCGUCGAGGGCAGAGCCGAGAACUAUUGGUGGCGAGGUCAAAACAAGCGUACCCUGAAAGUGGGCCCGUUUCCCAGGCACGUGGUGACCUCGGUGGCGGGUCUUUCGGCUCACGACAUCAGCCGACCGCUCGAGAACAGCUUCAUCCACACGGGUCACGGAGAUGCCAACCCUCGUCGCGGCUGGGGCUUCCCGGACAGGAUCGAUGACUUGUAUCUUGGGAAUCCCAUGGAUCCUCCCGAUGUUCUCGGUUUGGGCCUCGGUGCGGCUCGGCCCACUCGGCUACAGGGGCGAGCCAAAAAAGAGCCCCCCCGUCGGCCUCCUCAACCAAGGAUGGCAAUCCGGAAGCCUCGCUACGAUCCGGUGCAUCAGGACGACGACUCGACAUCUGCAGCGCUUGGGAAGACGAGCUCUGUCAAAGGCCUCAAACUUCGACCCGCGGCCCGGCUCCCUUCUUCAAAACAGGGGAGUGACAAGACUUUGGAGUCAAACCCUCACCCCCGGAGAGAAGUGCCCCUCAUCGACUUCGGGGAGGAGUUUGCCCCGCCCACACCGUCCCCGUCACCUGGGGCCGAAAUCCCGAUCCUCCGUCUGGCAAACCUGGCUUUGGGAGCGGAGAAUCUCUUGGACCGGACACCGGGUCAGAGUCCCUCCAGGUCGUUGCCCUGCCCCCUUCACCCCACGCCCGUCGUGGACUGGGAUGCGCGACCCUUACCCCGACCCCCGGCGUACGACGAUGUCGCCCAAGACGAAGACGACAUGGAGGUGAGUUCCAUCAAUGGCAUGGAGAUGCGGCGCGGUGAGGAGCAGAAGGAAGUCCCUUUUCCAGAGGAGGAGCUGCCGUCCCCGCACAAGGCGGAGGAGGGCUUGCCGCCGGCCCUCGACCUCGACCUCGACCUCGACCGGGGCCCCGCCACCUCAUUUUCCCAGUCUGCGGAAAUAUUCCGGGAACUGCAGCAAGAGUGCAUGAGGAGGCUCGACGUGGCGACGGGUCAGAGUUCAGCCUCGCGUCUGUGGCCGGGCCUCCAACCCCAGAUCCCACCUCGCGUCCCCAUCCCCCCUCGCCCAACUAAAAGAGGCGACCACUCAUCCGACCUCGCGCUGUCCCCCGAGGUCACGGAGGACAUUUGGGGCUCGGAGCGGCACCGGCCCCCGCAGAUCCCGCCGAGGGAGCCUUUGUCGCGGCCCGGCCCCGAGGGCCCGGAGGCGGGGUCCCCGCGGCCCCUCCCCCUUACCACCUGCCCCUCGGCGCACACCUUUGGCUCCUCCCUCUCCAGCUCUCCUGGUCAAUUCGUGGCCACGACGCACAGCUCUGCCGCUGAUCCCACAUACGCUGCACCCAAAGUGAUCCAGGCGCCGGGCAAGGAGUUUGCAAACAAGGGCCCCUGCAUCCUCCCCAUAGUCCGCGACGGACGAAAAGUCAGCAACACGCACUAUUACCUUCUGCCCGAGAGGCCGCCCUACCUCGACACAUACGACCGCUUCUUCAGGGAGGCCGAGAGCCAGAGCGCCGGCGGCCACCUUCGGCAGGCCAACACUGCCACGGUUCGACCCAUGUUGCUCAGCGCUUCGCAGGGGCAGGAGGUCGUCCCGCCGGGGGAGGCGAAGGCCAAUUUGUCCCCCGACGACAACGGCGGUCCCGCGCCGCAGACGUGGCUUCGUCCCUCUGCUACUUGUGCGGCGGCGAGCGCCGCUUCCUGUCCCGGCACUGGCGGAUUCGGGAACUCGGCUGGCAGAGUCAAAUUGGUGCAGGCGGCCGUUCACGGCGUGACGACGGAGGAGUGCCGCGCUGCCCUCCGCGACCACAACUGGAAUGUUCACAAAGCUGUGCAUUACCUCAAGGUGGAGCAGUUGUUUUGUUUGGGUCUGCGGAGCAAGUCCGAGUGUCGAACGCUGCUGGAGACGUGCGACUGGAACCUGCAGCUGGCCAGCACGCGGAUGUUGGACGACUUUGGACCCACAAUACGACCGUGGCAAACGUCAGCCACAGAAGGAGAAAAAUUACAGCGCUCCGAUCCCCCCAGACACGGGAGCUGGCUACCUCCGUGACGGGCGGCUGGUGAAGAAGGCUGUCAGGGAAACGUCUGCGGCUGUCUUAAAACCCACCUCUGGACUGCCCUGAAGUAGCACAAAAUAUGAGCUCAUCGUGGGAAAAAAAGAAGGAAACUGAAUUUUUAAGACUUGUCCACAGCAGACAUGAUGACGGGUUGGCCCUCACGCGGCCAACUUGUCAGAUUCACUUUUCAGUGCUGCAAUUUUUGGAGCGACGUCCUCUGCUCUUUUCUUCACGUUGUUCCAAACUGAUGACUUGGACAUGAUUUAUACACAGAAGCACCUUCCAGAAGUCUUCAAAAAGUGCAAUUUGUUAUGUCUCAAUUGAAGCGAGCGCUCGCGUGCGUUUACACGCCGACCUCCUCCACUGGAUCUGCGUCGGCACUUACGAGCAAUUUGGUCCCGGGCCCAAAUUGCAAAGACUCAAACUUUACCUCUCCGUCGUCAAAUACGUGCAGUAUUUGUGCAUGCUUAGUGUUGUAAAACGGCCCGGGGGCACCAUUACGAACAUGUGCACAGCAAAGUAAAGUGGAAUAAAACAAAAGGAGGAGACUUUUAGAGCUGCACUGCUCUGGGAAUCGCUGGCACGACCCUUCUUACCUCGAACGCAUUGGAAAGCUUUUGGUGGAACUGAGCACACCAAGCGAUACGGUGGCAGCUAAUAAUGGCAACUUUAUGCCCUCUCAUUGGUCCCAGCCACAGCUGCGCUCGACUUCAGAUAAAAAGUACUCCGCUUUGCCCAGAGGCUGAAAACUGAAACUCUGACAAAUCAUCCGGGGGGGGGAGUUUUGGACACCCACUCGCAUUCGACGUGGGAGUCGAAACGCAUGUAAAGUGCCUCUGAUCGAUCCCAAAUCAUCUUUCGGUUGUUCCAGUCGGCUUUUCCCGACAUUUUUGUAGCCGCGUAGCGCAACCCACAGAAGAUCAGAAAAAUGUCGACGUUCAAAAGGUAUAUCAGCCGGGAGAAAAGCGCAAAAGGAUUUGUGGAUAUAGAAGAAUAUGACAUCGAACACCAGCGAGGCUCGUCGUCAUCGCGUGGAGAAAAUGCAACGCAGUAGUGAAAUUGCCACGAAGCGCAACAAAUGAGACACACCACUGAAGGAAUUUCGGGCAAGUUCUGUGGCCGGGCGAUGGGCAAGAUGCAAAAACGCACUCAAAAGCUCGCGAACGCGUGUGGCAACAUGUGCCUGAGGCAACCUGCGCUGAAGGUACUCAGGGCGCAAAUACGACAGCAGCGCUCAUCGGCAAGUAUUCGUACCAGGCCAGUACAAUAAGUAGUAGGCGUGACACGGAUGGUUUAAUACGUCAAUGUCAGAAAGAAAGAUGUCCGUUCACACCCAGGUUAUUGUUUUAAUUGAAAUUUUCAGUGUCAAAAGUAUUCAAGGGUGAAUACAUGCACUGGUUUUAGUCUAAAAAACAAAAAACAUCUUUAAUGCCUACAAGCAAAGUAUGCCGAGGACAGCGGCGUGUUUUGCAGAACCUUCAAGGCUUCUUGUAAGCAAAAGAAAAAGUCAAGUCGGGUAACUUCACGUAUUCCGAGGUUCUGCAUCCGCUCCUUUGUGACACGAGACGGAAUCAUUCUCAACAUCCACGCAGCCUGAGUGAGGAGAGGGUGUGCAUACUUGUGCAAGAACUUCAUCCCAGUUGCGCUGCAAAAAGUUUUGAAAGGCUUCAUCUUGGUCUCACGGCAUUUGUAUAGGGGUGUGCGGACUUUUUCCGCCUACUGUUUAUUUAGGGAGAUGCCGAAAGGCUUCAGAUUUAUUUUUCAAUCCAAUCCCUCAAAGAGGAGUCAUCAAUAUGAAACUCGGCCGACGUGCCCAAUAUUCGGGCCUGUUGUUCAAAGAGAAAAGGAAAUAAAAGACAUUCCCGAAUCCUCGGAGCUCUUCAAUUUCACGCGGUCAACAAAACACAAACCAAAAAAUAAGGCUGCCUGUCGGGGAAAUGCGAAAUGCGCACGUUGACGUCUUCGGGGUGCGUUUUAUGGCCAAAAAGUUCAGUGGACAUUUUGCAAAGAAGAAGAAAAAGUUGUGCUGCCGCACAUUCGGCGAGCUGGUGCGACGAAACGGAGGUGACGGAACCUCGUGGCGCGUGUUUUUAAACGCCUUUUAAAUUGUUGGGGGAGCUUUUCUCCUCCCUCCCCCCCCCCCCACACACACACACAUGCUGUUGCAAUUCAACUCGUAUGUAUUUGCCCCCCA